AGUUUGGACAUGACUAAAGCAUCCUAAUCCCAUCUCUUAACUUUAAAACGUUGCUCUCAAUCAAACUAGUUAAUUUAUUCAACUACGUUUCCCACAAGUCUUUGCUCCUUCCUUAAUAGUUAACCACGCUUCAUGUGUUUUUGCCAGGAAAGCAGGAAUCCCACUUGGUUGAGUUCAAACAAUUUGGAAGCACAGCGGAAGUGCUAACACGGCGGGUCUUAGUGAAACACUUCUGCGGUGGUCAGGCUGCAGGAUGUGGGCUCGGUUGACGGUUACGGUGGGGGGCUCGGGACUCGGGCUGCGGGCUUCUAGGGAGUGUUUGCUGCGGGUCACGGCUGUUGGAUGUGCGGGGAAAAGACAGCAGGACAGGCGGGAUUUCAGUGCAGAGGCUGCCUUGAAGAAAACGCCACUGUUUGACUUUCACAGGAACCAUGGUGGCAAGAUGGUGGAGUUUGCAGGCUGGAGUAUGCCCGUCCAGUACAAAGACAGUCACAUCGCUUCACACAUGCACACCAGAGAGCACUGCUCCAUCUUUGAUGUCAGCCACAUGCUGCAGACCAAAAUCCAUGGCAAAGACCGGGUAAAGUUCAUGGAGUCUCUGGUGGUUGCAGAUAUCACAGAGCUGAAGGACAACCAGGGUACAUUGUCCCUCUUCACCAAUGAGAACGGAGGAAUCAUUGAUGACCUUAUAGUGACAAAGACCGACCAAGGUUACCUCUACGUAGUCUCCAACGCUGGCUGUGCCGACAAGGACUCGGCUCAUAUGAAGGCCAGGCUGGCAGAGUUUAAAGCUGAUGGGUUUGAUGUGGACGUGGAGUUCAUUGAUGAAGCCCUAAUUGCUUUGCAAGGUCCCACCAUGGCUCAGGUGCUUCAGACAGGGCUGAAGGGAGACCUCAGUAAGCUGACCUUCAUGACCUCCACACUAGUCACUGUGUUCGGUAUUCCUGACUGCAGGGUGACCCGCUGUGGAUACACUGGAGAGGACGGGGUGGAGAUUUCUGUUCCUCGAUUAAGAGUGGUUGAGCUGGCAGAGAAGCUGCUUGGCAACAGCGAGGUGAAGCUGGCCGGUCUGGGAGCCAGAGACAGUCUUCGGCUGGAGGCAGGACUUUGUCUCUAUGGCAACGACAUAGAUGAGACCACCACGCCUGUAGAAGCCAGUCUUGUUUGGACAAUAGGGAAGCGCAGGCGUCAGACGAAGGAUUUCCCCGGCGCCAAUAUCAUUGUACCUCAAAUCAAAGCCAAGACAGCCAGAAGAAGAGUUGGACUGGUGUCCACCGGUCCCCCAGUGAGACAGCACACCCCUAUCCUCUGCCCUGAUGGACAGGUCAUAGGGGAAGUGACCAGUGGCUGCCCCUCUCCCUGCCUGAAAAAGAACAUCGCCAUGGGUUACGUGGAUGCAGCAUUCGCCAAGAACGGAGCAGUCAUCCAGGUUGAAAUCAGAAAGAAGACAGUCUCGGCAAUAGUCAGCAAGAUGCCCUUUGUUUCCACAAACUACUACUCUGGAUAGGAGCAACACACCGGAUCAUUCUGUCAUUGUCUCAUUUACUGCUGUUACUUCCUGCUGUUUAUCUCCGGCAAUACGAGACCAAUUUAGGAUUUAGAAAUACUUUUAAAUAAGUGUGAAAGAAAUGUAACAUCUUAUAUUAGCACUGUAAAUGUGAUCAGUGUUCAAUAAUAACAUGGUUAAACUUGUGGAUCCACAUCGGCUGAAGUAUGAGGGUACAAAAUGAAAGGAGACAAAUGUUGAUACAAGUUGACACAGAGCCCUAGAAGCGACCCUGUGUUUGACUCUUAACAAAAAACUAGUAUUUUGUAAAAAAAAAGAAUACAUCACAGGUUUGCACACGUGUUUGUCUUCUAAUGCCGUCUUAAUGCCACUGACACAUUUCCAUUUACAGUAUAGUUAUAAACAAACAUGACGGAGUUUGUCAUUUAUGAUGACGUGAUGAUGUAGUUUGUUUGUUUUGACACUAUUGCUACAUAAAUCCUUACCUGAAGGAUAGUUAUAAACAAAUUAAACCCCAAAUUGUUUACAUUAACAAGCUGAUUCAGUUUUGUUUUAUUUGUUUGUUAAGAGCCUUCUCUUUUGGCAUAAGGCUUCUUAAUUACUAGAUGAAAGGUACUACUGACUUAAAACUUUGAGGUUGUACUACAAUGUGGGGAACAUGGGCUUUCAUGUAAUGCCCAACUUUUUAAACAUUUUAAAGUGGAAGGUAUCUUUUAAAUAAAUAAAAUGGUUGCUUUUGUA